GAGAAGCUGGAGAAGAAGUUAAAUCCUCCGGAACAGAGAUCCUCGACCAAGUUGCUUUGGCCUUUUAACAAACCCAAGAUGGAGCAUUACCUGGGCUUGCUCGAGGAGCAGAGAUCGAAACUUCGACUGUUAUUGGCUACAGCCACAGCGUAUGUUAUCCGUUCUUCAAUCCCCCGAGGAUCUGGCUUCUCUUCUUCCUUUUCUCUUUUCAGACGUCAAGGCUAACUGGCUGUUCAGGGAGACUGUAACAAAGAUGUCGCGGAAACUAGAUGGUACUGUACUUGGUUACACCAUUCCUAACCAUACCCGUUAAUUUUAUUGCUAACACUAGAUCUUUCUACAACACUAGAGAAAGAGUUCCGAAAAGUACUAAAAUGGCUUAACGUUGUUGAUCCUGGGGCCAAUUAUUCAUAUGCACUUUCUGUUCGUCAACCAGGCACAGGGAAUUGGCUGCUUGAGGGACCUGAGUACAUCGACUGGAAGGAGGGCAGAGGGGGGGUUCUCUGGCUCUAUGGAAUACGUAAGUGUACAGACGAGUGAAAUCUUAAUAUCCCUAGAAUGUCACUAACAUUCGAAUCGUGUAGCCGGAUGUGGCAAGAGUGUACUAAGGUACGAACUUAAGUGGAUAUCCGGAGGCUCAAUAUGGGUUCCUAAUUGCUAACUCAAUGUUUAGUGCUACUGCCAUUGAAGAUGCCAAAAAUGUGUGCAACACGAAUGACGACCACGCAUUAGCCUAUUUUUACUUUACUUUCAGCGAUUCGGAGAAGCAGAAUCUGCUCAAUAUGCUUCUGUCGAUCUUGGGCCAACUACUGGAGGGAAUUUCGGAUCGGAUUCUCCCCGAUGAGGUUCUGAACCUGUACCACAGUUCCGAGGCAAUUGGAAAAUCAGUAGAUAUCAAGGCUCUAAAAUCUGCAUUGUUGCAGGUGAUAAGGAUUUCUAAAAGGACAUUUAUUGUUCUUGAUGCUUUAGAUGAAUUUCCCAAGGAUACACGAGAGAGCCUUCUAUCCUGGAUCACCGAGCUCACAGUUGAUCAUAAUAAGGGAGCACUUUCCAUUCUAGUCACCAGCCGCCCUGAGGCCGAUAUAGUGAAAUCAAUAGAACCGCUUGCUACUUUCCCAAUACCGCUGCAAUCGAAAACUAUCGAUCCGGAUAUCCGGGCAUAUGUACGGAACUCCCUAGACGGCAAGGACGACUUCGAGAAAUUUACCAAGGAAAUUAAGAGCGAGAUAGAGGAAAGACUCGUUGCUCGUUCACAAGGAAUGUAAGUUAUUCUCUACCUUUUGUAUUUUUGACUUGCGCUGAUACAAGGUUGGAUAUAUAAAGGUUCCGAUGGGUGUAUUGUCUCUUGCGAGUCCUACAGGAAUGCAUAACGCCAGAAGACGUGAGAGAAGCAUUGGAGGAGCUCCCGGAAGAUUUAGACUCCGUCUACUUGAGGAUCCUGGAUAGCAUCCCUAAGAGGCAAAAGGAAUAUAUUCGACGAGCAAUGAAUUGGCUCGCAUUUUCGGUAGAGCCAUUGACAUUAGGCCAGCUUGCGGAGGCCAUUGUGAUCAAAUAUGAUGUCAACAAAUAUGGCCACGAUUCGAAAACACUUUUUGAGCAGAGCUCCCUCCUCAGCAUUUGCCCUAGCCUAAUUUCCUUCGAAGACGCUAGGGCCGGUGAAUCAUCCCCCCAGGAAGACCGCCGAUUACGACUAGCACAUUUCUCGGUGAAGGAAUAUUUGGUCUCCGACCGGGCGGCUCAGGGCCCUAGUGCCUACUGUCAUAUUUCGGACGAUAAAGCUAAUUUACUAAUGGGGCAUGCUUGUCUCAGCCGAAUACUGCGACAUAGUGCACCGGGGACUAUAAGCGGGAAAAGGGUUGAGAAAAAAUCAUUUCUCUACCACAGUGCUCGCUAUUGGUUUGUGUAUACCAGAUCUAUUGAGGAUCCGGCACCCGCCCCACUCUCCGACGCGGUGGUGAAGGUUCUCGAGCUUGGCAAGGAGUGGCUAGAUAUAUAUAAUCCUGACGACCUUUACUCCCCCGACCCCGAGCCCUACCCACCAGCAAUCUACUAUUCCUCCUUGUUAAAUUUAGUAACUGCCUGUGAAUUCCUAGUCAAUAGAAAAGCGGAUACAGUAAACGUGAAUGCUCAGGGUGGCAGGUAUGGCAAUGCACUACAAGCAGCUGCAAUUCAGGGAAACGAAUCGGUUGUGCGGUUUCUCCUCGAGCGUGGGGCAGAGGUGAAUGCUCGGGGUGGCUAUAAUGGUAAUGCACUACAAGCAGCUGCAAUUCGGGGAAACGAAUCGGUUGUG